AUGAAGUUCUUUGUCUGCACCUUAGCUGUUUUGGUAGCCACAUGCUCAGCUGGCUUCAUUGGUGGUGGUGGUGAUAUUGGUGGAUAUGCUGCAGGAUAUGAUCACCACGAGCAUGUUGAUGUUAAAACUGUAAAAGUUAUCCCAGUUAGUGGGCAUAGCCAUGACUAUGGUCACGGAUAUGGACAUGGUCAUGGAGAUGUUCAUGUCAAAACAGUCAAAGUCAUUCAUGCUGAACCCCAACCGCAACCUGAAGUGAAAAUUGUCAAAGUCAUCAAAGAACAUGAUCACGGACAUGGAUAUGCUCAUGGACAUGGUCAUGGUGGUUAUCAUGUCCAUAACAUUAAGGUUAUCCAUGCUGAUCAUCAUGAUCAUGGACACGGUCAUGGAGGUUAUGGUCAUGGUGGUGCUGAAGUUAAAAUCGUGAAAGUAAUCAAUGCCGGAGCUGGUGGUCAUGGCGGCUGGAAUAAUGGCUGGAAUGGUUGGCAAUAA